CCUCACACUGCACCCCAAAAAAAAAGUCCAUUCAGUCCACAAAGCAGAAACCAGUUAUAAAUUCAUUGUCAGUAACUUAAAUCUCACCUUCACACACUUUGUAUUCUAUUCUAUUCUAAUUUCUACCACUCUUUCUUCUUCUCUAUAUGUAACUAUCUUGUGUAUUGAGAUAGAUUCACAAACAAAAUUAUAGCAUAUAGCAAAAGCAACAAUGGUGGUGAAAAAACCAAAGAUUGUGAUAAUUGGAGCUGGAAUGGCAGGCUUAACAGCAGCAAACAAGCUCUACACUUCAACAGCUUCAAAGGAUUUAUUUGAACUCAUUGUUGUUGAAGGUGGAACAAGAAUUGGUGGAAGAAUCAACACAUCAGAAUUUGGUGGUGACAAGAUUGAGAUGGGAGCUACAUGGAUCCAUGGAAUUGGUAACAGUCCAAUUCACAAGAUUGCUCAACAAAUCCAUUCACUUCACUCUGACCAACCUUGGGAGUGCAUGGAUGGUAAUAAUAGCAAUGAUGAAUCUCUCACAACAAUUUCUGAAGGUGGUUUCAAUCUUCAACCUUCUAUUGUUGAUCCUGUUUCAAAGCUUUUCAAAUAUCUCAUGGAGUAUUCUCAAGGAAAGUUAACUAAAGAAACUGCAAAAGGCGAAGAAGUUCUUAGUUACUAUAACAUGGCUGUUAAAGCUGCUUCUUCAAACUUUGCCUCUAAAAAGAAUCUUAGUAUUGGUUCUUUUUUGAGACAAGGGCUUGAUGCUUACUUCGAAUCAUUGAAAGACGAAGAAGAAGAGGUAAAAGGUUAUGGAGAUUGGAACAAGAAAUUGCUUGAAGAAGCAGUUUUUGCAAUGUAUGAGAAUACUGAGAGGACUUAUACUUCAGCUGGUGAUUUGGAGUGUUUAGAUUAUGAAGCUGAAAGUGAGUAUAGAAUGUUUCCAGGUGAAGAAAUCACAAUUGCUAAAGGCUAUUUGAGUAUAAUUGAGUACAUAGCUUCUGUUUUACCACCUGGUUUAAUUCAGUUAGGUAAAAAAGUAAAAAAAAUUGAAUGGCAGUCACAAAAAAAAAGCUAUGAUGAUAAUUGUUUUAGGCCUGUUAAGCUACAUUUCUGUGAUGGAUCUAUUAUGUAUGCAGAUCAUGUCAUUGUUACUGUUUCACUAGGUAUUUUAAAAGCUUCUAUUUCUCAUCAUGAUGAUGAUGAUGAUAAAGGUAUGUUAUUCAGUCCUAAUCUUCCAUCUUUCAAAGUUGAAGCAAUUUCAAGGCUAGGUUUUGGAGUUGUUAACAAGUUGUUUAUGCAAUUGAGUACUCAAAAAACAACAAAUCUUGAUGAUGAAAAUUCAGAAGGGUUGUUUCCUUUUCUUCAAAUGGUGUUUCAUUCACCUCAAAAUGAAACAAAGGACAAGAAAAUACCAUGGUGGAUGAGAAAAACAGCUACACUUUUUCCUAUUUACAACAAUUCAAGUGUUCUCUUAUCUUGGUUUGCUGGUGAAGAAGCAUUAGCACUUGAAUCACUCAAAGAUGAAGAAAUAAUCAACGGUGUUACAUCAACAGUUUCAAGCUUUUUACCUCAAAAUGAAGUGAAAUUUGAUAAAGUUUUGAAGAGUCAAUGGGGGACUGAUCCUUUGUUUUUAGGAUCAUACAGUUAUGUUCAAGUUGGUUCAAGUGGUGAAGAUUUAGAUACAAUGGCUGAACCAUUACCAAUGAUGAAAGAUAAUAGCAAUUUUUCAUAUCCACUUCAAAUUUUGUUUGCAGGUGAAGCAACUCACAGAACUCAUUAUUCAACAACUCAUGGAGCUUACUUCAGUGGUCUUAGGGAAGCUAAUAGGCUUCUUCAACAUUAUCAUUGUGUUGGGAUUUUUAACAAUUAGUUUAAAUUUUUGAAUAUUUAUCUCUAUCAUAUUAUUAUUAUUAUUCUCAUUUUCAACUUAAAAAAAGGUCUUUGUUGUUUCUCUAUAGGUAAAGUAGUAGUGAGUGAUUGGAAAAAAAAAUUAAUAUUAGAAGAAGGGUCAAGAUGAAUAGUGGAAAAAUGGGGACAUUAAGCUUGUUUGUACUACUACUUAAAGUAAAAGUUUCUCCAAAUAUUUAUUUAUCUCUUCA